AUCGCAUCAUCGUCAGAAUCAAGCAAACUACGAUUGCAGCCAGUUUUUUUUUCGAAGCAAUCUAUGAUUAUGCCUGGCUAAAACAAAGAAUCUUGAUGAUAAUCUUGACGUCUAGCUAGCCUUUUUGUAGAUUGGCAUUGAUAGUAUGUGUUUUCGUUGAAUAUAUCUGACACAUUGAAAAUACUUUCAAUUUCGAACAGAAUGGAUUCUCAACAACACUAUUCUGCUACGGGUGCCGGAUCUAAUAAAAAUAUUGGUCAUUAUUCACAAACAUUGACCUAUCUACUUGGUGAACUGAAACAUGUUUACGAUCAGCGAGAUGAUCCUGAAGAUAAACGUAAAGCAGCUUAUGAAAGAUUGGCUGAAAUAUCGAAAAUAAUGCGUGUAAUUUUGGAAAAAUAUUCCUUACUAGAAAGUAAAGAAUUAUUAUUAAACGCCAGUCAAUUGGUAAAAGCUGUGAAAACAUAUGAUUAUGAUAAUUAUUCAAUUGAAUUGCAUUCACAAUUGGUCGAUAACAUCAAUUCUUUGUAUAAAUCAUUCCAAUACAAUAUUUCCAAUUGUUUGAUGCAAGACGGCGUUUCAAUGUCUUCUUCAAAAUCAUUGGAUAUAACGCAAAAAUUACAAUCAUCAUCAUCAUCAUCUCCACCUCCAUCACAGCGACAACAACAAACAUCAAUUGGUCAUCAUAGUCCUUGUGUGUCAAAUAAAUCAAGAACAUUGCCGAUUAAUAUGCCCGAAGAGCGUAUUUUUUCCUAUGAAUCAGGCGUAGAUGAACUAAUGAAACAGGCAAAAUGUUGGUACAAAUAUAUGAAAGAAUUGGUCGCUUUUAUUGAAAAACGUGCCCAAAUUGAAAGCGAAUAUAAUCGUGCCAUCUCUAAAAACGAUCAAAACAUGCGAACAACAAUUCAUCAAUUGAAAAGUGAUAAAGCUUUUCUUCCUUUUAAUGUUGUUUAUAAUCAAUUUUGUCAAAAUGAGAUCAAAAAUGCCAACAUAUGUGAUAACAAUUUCGAUUUGUUGGGCAAAAAUAUUUUAGCUUCUGUCAAUGAAUUUCGUUUAGAUUUUGAUAAAAAAAUUAAAAAAAUCAAAGAUGAUUGGGCUAAAGCGAAUAAACAGUUGAAUGAUGUCAUUAAUACUUAUUCUAAAUCGCGUGAAAGUUUUUACACGCCAAAAUUACAAGAUGCUGAAAGUAAAACGAGACAAAAAUUCAGUUAUUUAGAAAGUAGCAACGAAUUCAAUGAAGCGGAGAUGAACAACACUAAAUACCUAUGGAUUCUUAAUGGACAAAAAGAAUCGUUUAAAAAAUCUAAACGAGAAUUAAUUAUCCGAUUACAAGAUCUAAUGGCCAAUACUGAGAUUAAGAUUAAAGAGAUAACUUCUCAUUAUUUUGAAACACUACGUGAUUCAAUUACCUAUUCGCCUGAGGAAAUUCACCGAGCAAUUAUCGAUACUGAUCGGCAUGAAAUGGGAAAACCUUUUCGUGAUUUUUCCAAUAGCCUUCCAUUGAUGUUUGGCGAUCAUUCAAUAAAGCAAACUAGUCAUUAUAAUAUAGAGAAUAUUGAAACUUAUUCUAGCGAAUCAGAUAGCGGUAUCAACAAUAAUUCAAAUGUUUAUUUAGUCAAACAGCCGAAGCAACAGCAAUCGGUUCAUAUCCGUAAAGAAAACAAAGCAGUGAAUGCCGUCAAUUCUAAUACACAAUCAAAUGAUUUUCAGAUGAAAGUUAUUGAGAAAAAAUACAAGAGUGUCUAUCAAUACAAAAAAGGUGCCAAAUGUAACGAAAACAAAUCCGGUCCAAACCUUUUGUUUCGAGUACCUCUUUGUCAACUGUCUUCCAAUGCCGUGCCAGAUAUUAUUAAACAAUGUGUUAAACAAAUAGAAAAGCGUGGUUCCAGAAUAUCAGGCAUUUAUCGAGUAUCCGCUGUAAAAUCUCAAGUAGAUAGCUUGACGAAAGCUUAUGAAACCGAUCCUGAUAGUGUUGAUCUAUCAAAUGUUUCUCCAAAUGUGAUUGCAAAUUUGUUGAAACAAUUUUUUCGAAUGCUCCCUGAACCGCUAUUAACAUUCCAACUUUACAAUGAAUUGAUCGAAGUUGCUACGAAAUAUUCAAAAAAUUCUUCGCUCGAUUCUUCAAGUGAAGAAGACAUCGUCAAUAGAUUGAAAAAAAUUUGUCGCCGAUUACCGACUGUUCAUUUUAAUACCCUACGAUAUUUGAUGAAUCAUUUGCGACAAAUUUCUAAAGAUUCAGAAUUCAAUCAAAUGAAUCCAAGUAAUUUAGGUAUCGUAUUCGGCCCUACAUUGCUGAAAAAAGCUGAUAAUGAUGAUACAAACAUGCUAUAUGAUACUAAUCAUCAAAGCCGAGUGAUUGAACUAUUUAUUCUUUAUGCCGACCGAGUGUUUGUUCAUGAUAUCGAACCUGUUGCAAUAGGUAGCGGAUUACAUCGAAACAGUUCAUUUGGUCAAAUUGAUAAUAAAAAAACCAUGGAAACAGCAUCUGAUUUAUACAUGAAACAAAAUGGUGAAACUAUUAUGAAUAACAGUCAUGGCAACAGAAUGCCACAAUUAUUAAAAUCGGCUACAUGCUCCUCUAUACGGUCGGAUGUCAAUCAAAUCAAACAUAAUAUGAACCAGGCUCGAUUCGAAUUUUUCUCACCUAGUCUUAAUCAAUCCCAACAGCCGGCGCAACGAUUUUAUUCAUCAUCAUCAUAUUCUCCUCCACAAAUCGUAGAUAAUUUGAAUCAAAAAUCAAACUCAAAUAAAGUAUUUACUGCGAUCACAAACCAUUCAAAUAAUAAUGUCCAAAACGAUACUAUAUUAUCUCCAUUCUCACAAAUAACAGCUUCAACAGUUGGGCCAUUGAAUCGUCAUGUAGGCUCGUUACAUCAACAUCAGCAACAGAGGAACGUAAAACGUAUCGUAUCGGAUUAUCAUUUGAUCUCAAGAACUGGUAGCACUCAACGGCUUCCCGACAAAUCAAUCAGUCAAAACUCAUCACCCAAGCCAAUCUAUGCUAAACAUAAUGAGCUUUCAAAAUCAUCAUCCGAUAUAUAUUCAUACAAAAACAUAGAUUUCUCUGUCAAUUCAAACGAAGAUCAUGUCUGA